UGGUGUGUUUUGGGAAGUAAAGAGGAUGAUGGAGCAAAACCUCAUAGAGGGUGGAGAAUGUAGUUGAUAGGGUACUCCGUAAAUCAUGAGUUUGAUUGGUCUUCUCCCACCUCGUACUUGUUCUUACACAAACACCAUUUCCAAACUCAAAACUAACAAUCCAAACCUUGGACACUGCAGGGUCCUACCUAAUCUCCUCUCUUUGGCCCUUGCUGUAACCUUAACCUCUCCACUACCUUCUUAUGCAAUCCCUUCCUUCAAUUCUCAAAACCCUCCAAUCUCUCUCACCACUCCUUUUUCUCAAUCCAAGAACUUGCAGGUUGGACUAGAAAAUGGAAAAAUUAGACCUUGCCCAUCAAUCAACCCGGGUUGUGUAUCAACAAAUCCCAAGUCAUCAUCGUUUGCGUUUCCUUGGCUGAUUCCCGCAAAUUUGUCUGAUAAUGCUGUUCAGGAACUACGUGAAGCAAUCCUAAAGACCCAGAAAAAUGUGAAAUUCCAGCUAGUAGAAGAUACCCCAGAUGGCCAAUAUCUACAAGCUGAAGUUGAUGGAGGAUUUGGAAGAGACGUACUUGAGUUUCUGGUGAAAGGUGAUGUGGUUGCUUACAGGUGUAUGGCAACGAAAGUAACUUACGUGUACCCUUUCACUACUGCAUUAGGAGAUUCAAAGGGUCAAGAAGGAAGACUCAAGCAAAUUAAUGACCAGUUGGGUUGGUAUGCUCCAAGUUUUGAUUCCAUGGAGUAGUGUUGUUUCGUGCUUUUUUGUUGGUGUAGUUCUUUGAUUGGAGUGUAGCUAAGGACCUUUAUCGUUAUAUUUUGCCUUAUAAUGUGAAAUUUCGUGGCUUUUGCAGCUUAUUAGUAUAAUGCUUAGAAUCUCAGACUCAUCAUGGCAGAAACAUCGUUAUCAAUUAUUCUAUCUGUUAGUUUAUAAAACUGUUUGUGUUAGCUUUUGCUGCAUUUCACUUUGCCUAAUCGUGGGGUAAUUUACCUUGGAGCAGCAGGGAAAUGUACCAAAGUUAUGAA